ACGAGCUGGGGGCGGGGGGAAGCGAGCGCAACAGAGCCCGGGGACCCCCAGUGCGGGGAGCUCACGUUUGGCUUGGAGCCCGCCGGAGCCGCGGCCAUGGCUCUGCCCGCGGGGCUCUGGGUCCAGCUGGUGCUGUGCGCUGGAGCCACCAGCCAGGUGCUGGGUGUGGCAGGUGCACCUGUGUCCGAGCCCCAGGUAGCUGUUUUCUGUGGGAAGCUGACCAUGCAUCGAAACCUGCAGACAGGCGGUUGGGACCCUGAUGCUGCUGGCGCCCGCAGCUGCUUCCGCAACCGCCAGGAGAUCCUCACCUACUGCCAGGAGGUGUACCCCGAGCUGCAGAUCACCAAUGCAGUGGAAGGCACCCAGCCAGUCACCAUCGACAACUGGUGCAAGAAAGGACGUCCCCAGUGCAAGGGGCAUCGGCACAUCGUGGUGCCCUACAGGUGCCUGGUGGGUGAGUUUGUCAGUGAAGCGCUUCUUGUGCCUGACACCUGCAAGUUCCUGCAUCAGGAGAAGAUGGAUUCAUGUGAGAGCUACGUCUACUGGCAUGGCGUGGCCAAGGAGGCCUGCAGCAAUGAGGGGCUGGAGCUGCACAGCUAUGGGAUGCUGCUGCCCUGUGGGGCUGACCGCUUCCGGGGUGUGGAGUACGUGUGCUGCCCCUCACUCCCCCUCCCUGUCCGGCUGGAGGAACCCACCCUGGUCCCCCGCAACAUGGCCCACCUGAAGGAAGAGCCCAAGAGCAGUGAGAGGCUCCCAACAGGCUGGGCCCCCAUGGAAGAGGAGACACUGGAGGCAGAUGGGGAUGGGGAGGAGGAUGUUGAGGAAGAGAACGAAGGCCCCAGGGACAGUGCAGACGACACUGACCCCUUUCCCGCCACCUGGGAUGACUAUUUUGUGGAGCCCGGUUACUACGACGACAGCGUCACCCAGACCACCAUCACCACUACCACGCGGACCACCGAGGAGGAGGGCAAAGCCAGCCCUACCCCGCACCCCACAGAUGGCGUGGACAUCUACUUCGAGAUGCCAGGUGACGGGAGUGAACACGCCAACUUCCUGCGAGCCAAGAUGGACCUGGAGGAGCGCAGGAUGAAACAGAUUAACAAGGUGAUGAAGGAGUGGGCUGAGGCGGACAACCAGGCCAAGGAGCUACCCAAGGCUGACCGGCAGGCACUGAAUGAGCAUUUCCAGUCAAUCCUGCAGACACUGGAGGAACAGGUGGCGGGUGAGCGGCAGCAGCUGGUGGAGACACACCUGGCCCGGGUGGUGGCCUUGCUCAAUGACAAUCGGCGCGUGGCACUGGAGAGCUACCUGAGCGCCGUGCAGAGCGACAGCCUGCAGCCAGAGCGGGUGCUGCCGGCGCUGAGGCGGUACAUUCGGGCGGAGCAGAAGGACCAGCGGCACACGCUGCGGCACUACCAGCAUGUUCGUGCCGUCGACCCUGAGAAGGCUGAGCAGAUGAAGUUCCAGGUGUACACCCACCUGCAUGUCAUUGAGGAGCGCAUGAACCAGAGCCUGGCCCUGCUGUACAAGAACCCUCAGCUCUCUGUGGGGUUGCAGGACCAGAUACAGGAGCUGCUGCAAGCAGAGCGGGCAGGGACCAGCAGCCUGCUCACCACGUCCAUCUCUGAGACACGCACCACUGAGGAGUUCCUGCCGCUGGACAGCAGUGAGGACCUAAGCCCCGAGGACCAUCCUGACCACCUGGGGGCCGGGAACUUCUUUCAGGGGGAAGACUCCCAGCCAGCCGUGAAGAAAGCCUCGGGGAUGGCAGCGGAGUAUGACUACCUCACCAGUGAGAAGAUCCCAUUGGGCGAGGAUGAGCAGAGGAUAAACAUCUCCAUGGGGGACAUCAAAGAAGUGGUGUACAAGUCCCCGGAGAUUCAGCGCGAUGAGCUGGAGCCGGACACCCUGGUAACCAUUAACAGGGGUGCCCUGAUUGGCCUGCUGGUGGUGGCAGUGGCGGUUGCUAUGGUGAUCAUCAUCAGUCUCCUGAUGGUUCGCCGGAAGCCCUACGGGACCAUCAGCCAUGGCAUUGUCGAGGUGGACCCCAUGGUGAGCCCUGAGGAGCGGCAGCUCAGCAAGAUGCAGAACCACGGCUACGAGAACCCCACCUACAAAUUCUUUGAGGAGAUGCACUGAGAGGCCAACUGCACCAUGGGUGGGAAGGGCAGUGGGGGGGACACAGAGUGAAGCAUUCACAAACUGCUACCCCUCCCCCAACACUGGGAGAGGAUUAAACCCGCUUCCCCCUCAUGACUUCCUGUUCCAUCUCCCUUUCACCCACUAUCCCCCCCCAUGCUACCCAGCCCCCCCAAUGUGUCCCUCUCCAAUGGUCCCCAGCCCCCACAACCCUGCCUCUAGUGCUCUCCCAGCCCCUUUCGCACCCUGGUUUCUGAACAGCCCACGCUGCCCCUAUGGAAUCAUGUCCUACAAUGAGGGGGGCUUUGGAUGUGCUGUAGUAGGGGCGGGGUCAAUCCCAUCAGCUGGGCUGUGGAGGAUUCUGGGAGGUGUUUUGAAUAUGUGCACAUGCACACAACACCGUAACUACAUCCAGCAACCCACCAAUGUGCACCCUCUUGUAUGUGCAACGCUGUGACCUAUGUCCACACAACGCAGACAUGGCACCAUAACCUACACCCAGCCCUACACACAGCAACACUUGUGUCCAAAUCCAUGUGCUGUUAGGUGCACACUUGCACACGCCCCUCGCUAGCUGUACUUAGUAUCAGGGGCGUAGCCAUGUUAGUCUGUAUCAACAAAAACAAUGAGCAGUCCUGGGGCACCUUAAAGACUAACAGAUUUAUUUGGGCAUAAGCUUUCGUGAGUAAAAAACUAUUUCUUCAGAGGCAUGGAGUGAAAUGCCUGUAUCUGUAACUCUCACUCCAGGCAUCUGAAGAAGUGGGUUUUUACCCACAAAAG